AUGAGAACACGAAGGGGCGCAUCUAAUCGCUUCCUGCCAGUGCCCGGCGUUACUCAACUUCCUACCUUCUGCACAGCCUGCACAGACCCAGGACUGCAGACAGCGCUGAGAGGAACAAGCUCUGGUCUACCUCCAACCACAGCUCCCGGGCCCAUGGCGUCCCCCUUCCCCACCAGGAGCUGGGGGCAGCUUUCCAGCAACGCCACCUCACCCGUGGCCAACAACAGCACCACGCCCACCUCCAACGUCCUCGCCCAUAUCUCGGUGGCCAUCUUCGUGGUCUCCUUCCUGCUGGGCAUGGUGGGCAACGGGCUGGUGAUCUGGGUCACCUGCUUCCGCAUGCGCCGGACGGUCAACUCGAUCUGGUUCCUGAGCCUGGCGCUGGCCGACCUGCUCUACUCCCUGCUGCUGCCUUUCUACGCCGCCAAGACCGCCGCGAGCAAUCAGUGGGCCUUCGGCAACUUCCUCUGCAAAGCCGUCGGUGCCCUCCUCUUCCUCAGCAUGUUCGCCAGCGUCUUCCAGCUGACGCUCAUCUCGGUCGAUCGCAGCCUACUGGUGGCCCGGCCCGUCUGGGCCCAGCGAUUCCGCACGCCGCGCUUGGCCUGGGGGGCGGCCGCCGUGGCGUGGCUGCUGGCCGGGGCUUUCUCGGCCCCCUACCUGGUCUUCCUUCAGGUGACCUGCCGGGGCAAGCGCUGCUUCUGCGUCAACAAUUUCGGGGACGAGGUGACGAGGAUGGCGCGGCAGCAGGCCCUGAUCGUGGUGCGGUUCGUGGCCGGCUUCCUGGCACCGCUGCUGGUCAUCACAGCCUGCCACGUGGUCGUGAUGCUGCGGGCCGGGCACCGAGGCCGCCGGCCCAACCGUACGGCCAAGGUGGUAGCUGCCGUGGUGUUGAGUUUCUUCUUCUGCUGGCUGCCCUACCACGUCUUCAACUUCCUGCACAGGUCGCCGAGCAAUCGUGCAGCCUUCAAGGUGGGCUCCUCCCUGGCCUUCAGCCUCACCUGCCUGGGCUGCUUCCUCAACCCCCUGCUCUACGCCUUCCUGGGCCGCCGCUUCCAGGAGGGGCUGCGGGGCAGCAGCCGCGCCCGCUGGCUGGAGGCCGCCAUGGCCGAAGACUCGAUGGGCUCCAGCAGCGGGCGCCGGAGCAACCGCUCGCUGGGCUCCACCACCUCCUCCGAGCUGCGGAUGAUGCAGCCGUGACGGGGCAGGAGGAAGGGGCCAGGGCCCCAUGAGGGGUGGGGGGCAGCUGUGGGAGGGCACCGAGCAGGGCAUGCUGGGAGCCCAAAGCCGCACCAGAUCAGUGCAUCCUGGGAGCCCAGGGCCGUGCUGGAGCAGUGCAUCCUGGGAGCCCAUGGGACAUGGCGGAGCAAUGCAUGCUGGGAUCCCAUGGGCCACACUGGAGCAGUGCAUGCUGGGACCCCAGAGUCUCGCCAGAACAGUGCAUGCUGGGAGCCCAUGAACCAUGCCAGAGCAGUGCAUGCUGGGAGCUUAUGGGUCACACUGCAGAGGAGCAUGCUGGGAACUCUUGCCCUCAUUGGCCACACCGGAGCAAUAACAGGCCACGCCCCUUCCCCAUGCUGCAGGAACUCAGUGAUACUCACUGGCUGCCACCCCACAGGGUGGGCGGGGCUGUUACAUGGCUGUGGCCAUGGUAGUUGCCAUGGAUACCACCACCUGGCCACCAUUUUGGGGCCUGAUUUUCAGACCGGGGUGGAGUGAUUCCUAAAACCAGGCUCUUUUUAUACAGAAGGCUCAGAUCUACUUUUGUUACAUUGACCACCCCAUUGGUUGGUGUAUCCUUCCACCAAUUAAUGUAGUCCGUCCAAAAAAAAAAAAAAGAAUUCUGGGAAUCCAGCCCACUUUACACAGGAGCCGGC